CUUGAGAAACUUAUAAACAGGGCGACUGAUGCUACCCUAACGAGUGAUAAUUGGGAAUAUAUUCUUGAAGUGUGUGAUUACAUUUCUGCAAAUCCUGAAGAUGCAACGAAAGCAGCAUUGAUCACAAUUAGCAGCCGAAUGUUGUCCAAGGAUGCGAAUGUAAUGCUUAGGACACUUUCCUUGUUGAUGGCAAUUGCUGAAAACUGUGGAUCAAGAAUGAAACAGGAGAUUGCAACGAAGUCAUUCUUACAAGAGUCUUUGGUGAAAAGAUUAGGUGAUCGUAAAAUUCAUCAAAGCAUUAAAAUCAGAAUUGUUGAAGUUGUUGGACAAUUAAAUAAUGAAUUCAAGCUGGAUCCAUCAUUGAGACCAAUGACUGAUGCCUACAACACAAUAAAGGCGGAGUAUCCUCAGUAUCAUAAGAGAGCAGGACCUGGUCCUGACAAGCCUGCCAAGAAAGAGAUCUCGAAUUCAGAUAAACGCAAGGAGGAAGAGGAGCUCCAGAGAGUGUUACAGGUCUCUCUACAGGAGUAUGAAAGGGAGCAGAAUUUACGCAAAGGGUACAUGAAUAAGCCUUUACCUCAAGAAAAGCUGGACCAAGAGAAAGAACACCAACCAAACAAAUCACCCGAGCCGGAAGCUCAAACCAUUGCAACUGUUUCAAAGGUCCGUGCAUUGUAUGAUCUUAUAUCGUAUGAGCCUGAGGAAUUGUCAUUUCGUAAAGGUGAUGUAAUCACUGUCAUCGAAUCUGUCUAUCGCGAUUGGUGGAGAGGCACAUUACCUUCUGGCAAAAUAGGUAUAUUUCCAUUGAAUUAUGUUACUCCUAUCAUCAACAAAACUGCAGACGAGCUAGCCAGGGAAGCUGAAUCAGAACAGACUUUACUAACCAUAGAUCUGAGAAAAGUGGAUAAGUUAUUGGCCUUACUUUCUUCGAAGAACACAUCAGUAAGUGAAGAUGAAAUAACUCAGCUUUAUAAUGAAGUUAUACCGUUAAGAACUCAACUUGGAAAGAGCAUUGAUAAGCAUAGUACCCGGAAGGAGGAAUUAUUCGUUUUGAACAAUCAACUUAAUAAUGAAGUUAAGGCGUUCAAUGAAUUGAUGGACGCGCUGAUUUCCCAAAGAGCCAGCAACAAUACUUCUUCGACGCCAUAUCCCACC